CAACAUGGUUGAAAAAACAACACCAGUAAACAGAGAGAAAACUCUUUAUUUUUUAUAGUCCUGGAUCUAUACAUUUUCAUUUAUGUUAGAGCAUGUUUUUGUAUUUUAUCCCUAUGUUACUGUAAUUUUGACUGUUCUCUGGCACAAGACCUUUCCUUGGGAUUAAUUCAACUCUAUCUUUUAUCUACACUCCUUACUCUUCAACAUACCAGAUUUUUUAUUUUGUGUUUUCUGAAUAUCGUUGGUUCCCACAAGCAAUGCAACAUGCAACACAUUUCAUUUCAUUUUAUUUUAUUUUUUUUACACCCAUAUAACAAUAUCCCCAUCUCAUUUUCAGUAGUGAAAAAGGAAUCACAAACAUCAAGUGUGUUUUUUUUACAAUAUACACACAUUUUUUAAUCACAAUUUAAACUGGUUGAUAUUUACCUCGAGUGGCAAAAUAUAGUCAAAUAAAAUCCGACCUGCAUUUUGUAUAAAGCAGUUCAAGUUGGCAGUUUAAUUAAUGAUAUUUAUCAGAAUGUUUUCAAAGCUGUACCGUUAUUGAACUCGAAUCUAUUGCACAUCCGGUUGUGACCACCAGGGGGCGGUGUUGUUUACUGUGACGGUCGGCGACACUACAAGUGAUGGAGGCGUCAACAGAGGAAGCUGCUGACCCGGGCAGGCUGCGGGAGCGCCCAGAAACAAUAUCAUCAAUAACAAUAACCAGGAGAAAAGCUACUUCAUAUAUUAUUUAAGUUGUGACUGUGGUAGAGGAGCAGCAGCCGGGAGGAUACCGAGGCUGUUCGCGGAGACAAAAGCUCGAGACCGCGCCGCAUCCUUCCGGUGCCCGCCCAGACUCCAGAGCAUCUCCGGGACACCGGCUACUGCAACAGACAAUACACAACUAUUACACACCACAGUGGCGCAGCAGCAGCAUGGAUGCUAGCAAGUAACACCUGCUGUAUUAGUUAACGAACAGUAGUACUUCCUAUAAUGGACUUUCCAGGUCACUUCCAACAUAUUUUCAAGCAGCUCAACCACCAGCGCCUCCAUGCUCAGCUGUGUGACUGUGUGGUGCUGGUUGGAGGCCAGAGCUUCCAGGCUCACCGCUCCAUCCUGGCGGCAUGCAGCUCCCACUUCCGGGCUCUUCUCAGCUCCAGUGACGGCGGUGAUGAUGCUGGAGCUGACACAGGUGGAGGUGGAGGCCCCAGUGUGAUGCAGCUAGAUCCAGAGGUGGUGACCCCGGAGGCCUUCUCCACCUUGCUAGACAUGAUUUACACCUCCACCCUGUCUCUGGGGGCCUCCAAUGUGAUGGAUGUGCUGUUGGCGGCGUCGCAUCUGCACCUUAACACGGUGGUCAAGGCCUGCAAGCUCCACCUGUCCAGGAAGAACUUCCCUGCCUCACCGCCUAAAGGGUGGAGGUCAGUGCAGCAGCAGCAGCAGCAGCAGUGUCCCCCUGUUGAGGAGGACAUCCAUGAGAAGGAGGUGGGAGCGGAGGUGACUCAGUCGGGUGAGGAAAGGAGGAAAGUCAGUGGCGAGCAGAGAUGUAAGAGGAAGUCAGAUGAGGAAAGGCUCGGUGACAGAAAGAGGUCCUGCAGGCUGCCUGAGGAGAACUACAAGGAGUGUUCACCUACUGUAACCAGGAGCACCGUCAGCACAGAUGACAGAAGGGAGGAGCUGCUGUCCCCGGACUGCUUGAAGACAACCGUUGGACUCUGGGAGGGCCGAGGCGAGGAGGAGGUGGAGGAGAAAUACGAAGCAACCAAAGGAGAGUCAGAGGAGAUCCAGCUGCCAAGCCAGUCGGACAGCAGCACAGGUGGUGCGGAUGGAGACACGGUGGUCAAAGUCAAGGUGGGAGAAGAGAUGGAGGACGAGGGAGAGGAGUCGAAGAUGGCGUUGAUUGAGGUGAAAAGGGAAAAUCUGAGCUCCUACUCGCCAGAUGUGGACGCAGCAGCCAACAAUUCCCCUCCAACUCCACUUCAAGGCUGCAUGGAUAAUUUGGACUCACAGAUAAGUGGAGAGAAGCUGUCCUCAGCCUGUCCAACGGAGGGCGAUGUGACCUCUUUACAGUCUCAGCUGUGCACAGACCUUCAAACUGAAGCACAGAGAGAGGCUGAAGAUUUGGGCGAGGACUCAGUAGACACUGGUGAAGGCCUGGACAGCCUGUCAGAGCUGGCCUUCUCCUGCUUCCUCAAUCCCAGCAGCGAGAGUGUAAUGGGAGCUCUGGAGGAAGAGGACAGCCUGGCGAGCCUUACUGCUGCUGCUACUGCUGCUGCUUCUGCUGCUAGUGAUGCUCCUGCAGCAGCCGGAGAUGAACUGUGUCAAAACUCAGAAGCCCAGUCCUCCGGUUCCUCCUCCUGCUCUUCCUCCUCCUCCUCCUCACUUGUUUUCCCAGUGUCCUCCGUCCCGUUGCAGCAGCUUCUCCCGACUCAAGGCUCUGGUUUCAGCGACACGCUCAUCCUCCAGCCUGCCCAGAACUCUCUGGCAGAGUUCCUGAGCGGCAUCAGACCAGGCCUCAGUCUAGAAACCUCCCUCGUCCAACCCUCCAGGGCCGGGAAAAGCUCAGGGCCGACCACCUUUCGUCGCAUCGCCCCCAAAGUGCCACCUGGAUCGGAAGGCGGCACCGAUCGGUCCUGUGCGUCAGUGGGGGAGGCUGCUGAUCGUCCGCCUCUGACCAGAGCGUCAGAGGAUGUUCUAUCCAAGUGCAAGAAGGCAGCUGCUGAGGACCACGUGCUGCUGGUGGAAGGGGAGAAGAAGUACGCCUGCAAGAUCUGUUGCAAGACCUUCAUGAACCUGACCGACUGCAAGAAGCACAUUCGCGUCCACACGGGAGAAAAGCCGUAUCCCUGCCCGAAGUGUGGCAAACGCUUCAGCCAGUCGUCCCAUCUGUACAAGCACUCGAAAAACACCUGCCUGAACUGGAAAGAUGACCAGUCAUUCCCAGACAAUCUGCUCUGACCUGCACUGAUCUAGUGGAUGUUUUUGAGAAAAUGCACUACGUAAACCUGAUUAUUUAUUACCCCAUACUGCCCCAGUCAAAUGAUUUUUACAAGAAAUCUAAGUCGAUUCGCUGAUGUAAUUCUUACGUUUUGUUUCAUGUUAUUUAUGUUCUAAACUUUGUUGUGAUUUUGUUUUAUUAUUCCAUGAAAUGAAACCAAUAAGAUGUAGCCAAACUGAUGUGAAUGCACUGAAAAUAUUCUCAAAGAAUAACUUGUUUCUGUUUAAUAGCUGCAAAUAAAUUACACAGUCAGUCUUAAGUCUGUUUCGAUCAUAAAGAAUAUGCAACACACACAGA